UCUCCCCUGAGGGCACCAACGCCUCUCCACCCCUUCUCCUUGGGAACUGAACCAGGGCAGCAGGGGUGGGGAGGGCCACAGGACCUCGGGGAAUCAGGCCGUCCACUCCACCCACAGGUCGAUCCUGCAAUGGACACAUCAUGAGGACAGAAGCCAGCACUGUGAUGUCACAGCUCAGCUGCGGCUUUGUGCUCCUGGAGCUGUCGAUGGGAAUGUGAACUGGCUUCUGAGGACCAUCAGGAGAAUCAGAAGAGAAAGCUGCUGUCUUGACUGUUGCUGUGGCCAUCCAUCUUCUUCCUGCCUGGCCCACGUGGCCCUCAUCCUCCAGUGUAGCCUGAGGUGGUGAGGGGCAAUGUUGGCGACCGUGGACACAGGCCAGGAGGCUGGCCUGAGCAAUACCGGUGACAAGGACCGGGACCUGCAGGUGCUGUUCCAGGAACUCUGCCAACUCCAGGCAUAACAGAGGAAGCUGAGGAGAGGUCAUAAGGUUUUUGAAGACUAUCUGAUCAAGGUCCUUGAGAAAGUCCCCAAGGGCUACAACCAAGGGGAGGACCCAGAGGAGGCCCCGGUGGAGGCCACUGUGGGGCACUAUGGGAAGCUCUUCGCAGUCAGCCAGGACAUCCAGAAGCUUCUGGAGGCCUUCUUCAAGAUGAGCCAGGCCGUCCACCAAAGCCUGGAGGAGUCUCUAGAGGGAGGCCAUAGGGCUCUUAUCCCGAGCCUCAAGAUCCGGCUAUGCCAGCUGCAGAAGAAGGGUCACCGCAAGCAGGAGCAGUGGCGGCAGCUGGGACACGGUGUCACCUACCAGAAAGACACAGGCAGCUGUGAUGUGAGAAGUAAGGUUGCUGAUCACAACCCUGAAGGCCUGAAGUCCACACCUCUGGAGCUUCCCAGAAGCCGGCUGCUAAACUGCAUGCAAAUGGUCAUCAACAGCACGGCCCAGCAGUGCUGCGCCUCUGCCCACGGCAUGCCCAAGGGCACGGGUCUCUUCUCCAAGCUCGACCUCAUCCGGGAAUUUAUGUUGGACACAGUGGAGACUGUGAGAUUCAUCUCAGUGCUCAGGGGACCCAGAGUGUGCUGGACAGCAGACAACCCCAAGGACCGGGGCCUCAGAAGGUCCCCCAGACCAUUCAGGAAACAUUCAAAGAGUCAAGAUUCGAUCCCCAGGACCCCCUUUCCUAGCACCCAGACUUCAGAGUCCCCAGCCUGUACUGACACAACCCAGGGCCACCAGCCCUGCCAGCAUCAUGACCAUCUCUUUACCUGCUUGGCCUCCUUUUUUCACCACGAGCGCUCCUGA